CAAUCCCCAUGAUGCCACCAUGAUCAAUUCCCAACGCAACCUUCGCUGCUUCCCAUAACAGAAAGAAGGAACUAUUCCACCAUACUCUUUCUCUCUCACCGUCGUUCCUUCCGCUUCCUUCUCACCAUGUCCUCUGCCGCUCGUCUACGCCGCGUAUGCGCUGCUGCUCUGGCCACCGCUACUGUCGCCUCUGUUGGCGGCUCCAUCAUCCUAUCUCCAAACCUCUCCUCCAACGACCGCGGCUCUGGAACCGUGCUCGAAGCCGUGAGGAGCAAAAUCAAUGAUCCGUACGCUAACGUUCCGUCGCGAGCAGUUCAAGAGUCAGCUUUGAUCGGAGCUAGUCAAGCCAAUCCUCUUGACAUUCUCGUCGUCGGUGGUGGCGCCACCGGAUGCGGUGUCGCUUUCGAUGCCGUGACCCGUGGACUUCGUGUUGGCCUUGUUGAACGCGAAGAUUUCUCUUCCGGCACAUCUUCAAGGUCCACUAAGCUAAUUCAUGGCGGAGUUCGUUACUUGGAGAAAGCUGUAUUUAAUCUUGACUAUGGGCAAUUGAAGCUAGUCUUCCAUGCGCUCGAGGAGCGCAAACAGGUUAUCGAGAAUGCACCUCACCUGUGCCAUGCUCUGCCAUGUAUGACGCCAUGUUUUGAUUGGUUUGAGGUGGUGUAUUACUGGGCUGGCUUGAAAAUGUAUGAUUUGGUCGCUGGAGCGCGGUUGUUACAUUUUUCUAGAUAUUAUUCUGCAAAAGAGUCCAUUGAGUUGUUCCCUACUCUUGCGAAGAAGGGAAAUGAUAGGAAUCUGAGGGGCACUGUGGUGUAUUAUGAUGGUCAGAUGAAUGAUUCACGAGUCAAUGUUGGUUUGGCCUGUAGUGCUGCGUUGGCUGGAGCGGCAGUGCUCAACCACGCGGAAGUCAUUUCAUUUCUGAAAGAUGAGGCUACCGGGCGAAUAAUUGGUGCCCGGAUUCGGGACAAUUUUUCAGGCAAAGAGUUUGAAACCUAUGCAAAAGUUGUUGUAAACGCGGCUGGGCCAUUUUGUGACUCUGUAAGGAAAUUAGCUGACAAAGAGGCAACAAGUAUGAUCUGUCCUAGCAGUGGUGUGCAUAUCGUUCUUCCUGAUUAUUACUCUCCUGAUGGAAUGGGCUUGAUUGUUCCCAAAACAAAGGAUGGUCGUGUUGUUUUCAUGCUGCCAUGGUUGGGAAGAACUGUCGCUGGCACAACAGAUUCCAACACUGUUAUCACUCCACUUCCAGAACCACACGAGGAUGAGAUUCAGUUUAUACUUGAUGCGAUCUCUGAUUACCUUAGUGUUAAGGUUCGGCGCACAGAUGUUCUUUCAGCUUGGAGUGGCAUUCGCCCACUGGCUGUUGAUCCAUCAGCAAAGAGCACCGAGAGCAUCUCUAGAGAUCAUGUUGUAUGCGAAGACUAUCCAGGCUUGGUAACAAUCACUGGUGGUAAAUGGACCACUUACCGAAGCAUGGCUGAAGAUGCUGUUGAUGCAGCUGUUAAGUCUGGAAAGUUGAGUCCAAAAAAUGGAAGUGUAACUCACAAUCUGAGGCUGAUGGGUGGAGAUGGAUGGGAACCUUCAUAUUUUACUGUUCUUGCUCAACAAUAUGUACGCAUGAAGAGGACAUAUGGUGGAAAAGUUGUCCCUGCAAUAAUGGACACUGCUGCAGCUAAGCACUUAUCUCAUGCAUAUGGUACAUUGGCAGAACGAGUAGCUGCUAUAGCUCAGAAUGAAGGUCUGGGGAAGAGGCUUGCCCAUGGAUACCCUUUUAUGGAAGCCGAGGUUGCUUAUUGUGCCCGGAAUGAGUACUGUGAAUCAGCUGUUGAUUUCAUUGCUAGAAGAUCACGGCUUGCUUUCUUGGACACUGAUGCUGCUGGCCGGGCCUUGCCACGUGUCAUCGAGAUACUGGCUGCUGAACACAAGUGGGACAAGUCAAGGAAGGCACAAGAAUUACGGAAGGCAAAAGAAUUUUUGGAAACUUUUAAAUCUUCAAAAAAUGCUCAUUUCCAUGAUGGGAAACACUGAUAGGUCGCGACUCACCUGAGCUGGGUUUUAAGGAGCUCAUUUUCUUUUGGUAUACAAAGUAAGUUCGCCCCAACUUUCCUCGCCUACAGAUAGACGAGGUUUUGAUUUCUUUACUCCGCAGAUUGCUACAGCACGUGGUUAAAUAUCUUACACGCAUUCCGAAGGAGAUUUGUUGCCUUUUAGCUUUUCACGCACAGUUAUCUGCCGAAAUAAUGCCCGGCCUUCUUGAGCGGAAGUGUAUUGAAUGAAAUUGGUAACGGUGACUAUGUUUAUAAGUGGUCGAAAUUGGUGACCUGACUAAUCAACAACCAGAAAUGGGUAUGCUUUUUAUUUUUUUUAACGUGUAAUAAAUUUCCCGUUUCCAGUU